GCCCUCGGGACGGGCACUCCGUGCUAUUAUCAUGGCGUUAGUAGCUGCCUGAAUCGAAAACGGAACGGAGACCCGUAAAGCAUUCAGUUCAACGGUUCGGAAAAACAAUGCAGAGCCAGGCGAAUCUGAACUGGGGCAUCGCUGCGGCGGGUAGGAUAACGCAGGACUUCGUCACUGCCCUGGGAACUGUGGAGAAGUCCCGCCACGUCGUGGUGGCCGUGGCGGAUGUGGAUGGCCAGCGGGCUCAGGAGUUCGCCCAGAGGAACCAGAUCCCCAGGCACUACGACGGGUUCGAUGCCUUGGCGCUGGACAAGGAGGUGGACGUGGUCUAUGUGGGCACCUUGAAUCCCUUCCACUAUGCCGUGGUCCACUUGAUGCUCGCCCGGGGCAAGAACGUCCUCUGCGAGACGCCAAUGUGCCUGGCCCUGGAGCAGGCCAAGGAGCUGUAUGCUUUGGCCGAGCAGCGGGGCGUGUUCCUCAUGGAGGGUAAACUAACCACAUCUGAAAUUAAAAGUGAAUUUAAUUCUGGUUAUGAUUCACUUUCAGGUAUGUGGUCACGUUUCUUUCCCAGCUACGCUCGCCUGAGGGAACUCCUGAACAGCGACGUCAUUGGGGAGGUGACCCAGGUGAAGAUCCAGCACGGCUUCCGCCUCACUCACAUGGAGCGGGUCUGCAACCGCUCGCUGGGCGGCUCCAUCCUCAUGGACAUCGGCAUCUACGCCCUGCAAUUGGGUCAGUUUGUCUUCGGAGUCUCACCCGUGAAGAUACUGCCCAGUGGCACGCAGCUGAACAAGGACCGCGUCGAUGUGCAGGGUGAGUUCAUACUGGACUACGGAGACGGACGGAGACUGCUGGCUUUGGUCACGGGACUGGAGAACCUGGAGAACGAUGCCGUCAUCACGGGCACCAAAGGCGAGAUUAAGCUGUCGAACUACUGGUGCUGCACCCAACUGAGCCGAUCCAAUGGUCCCCCGGAUUCCUGGCCAUUGCCGCGGGCCAAGUUUGACUUCCACUACACGAACACCUGUGGCCUGCGAUACGAGGCGGAGGAGGUGCGUCGCUGCAUAGAGAAACGGCUGCUGGAGAGUCCGAAAUUCACGCAUGCCGAGAGUCUGGAACUGAUUGCCAUCACCGACGAGAUGCGACGCCAGAUUGGGGUCACCUACGAUGCUUGAGCCGUAGGAAAAGUUGCUGAAACUAAUUGUAAAUAUAUAUCUGAAUCGGAUUAGGGUUUCCUCAUUCAAGUGGCUUGUUAUUUUGUAUUCAAUAUUUAUUUAAAUAAUUGCAAUUA